GCUAGCAGACGGUUGUGCUCUCUCGUCCCAUUGCCACCAAAAAAUAAGUGUUUAAAUUGAAUUUGCACCGUAUCAAGUCGAAAAUCGUACACAGCGAUAUAUUAUUAUCUCUGCCUUGAAUAAUACGUGUUGAAUUGAAUUCGCUAAAGCGAUCUCAGAGAAAUCAACUCUAAAAUACUUUAAAGUAUCAAGUGUUAUUAAAGUUGAGGUGUGGAUGAUCCUUAAAAUAAACCCUGGAAUAACUUUUAUAUUGCCAAAAGUUUAUUGGUCUUAAAAACCGGUAAACAAAACUUGCGGUUCGGGAUUUCGGUUCUGAAACUGAUUCGAACUUCUUCUCUCGCGUCGUCCUUUACCGUUUUUUUUGGCACCCACACGCGCGCUCUUUCUAUCGCACUGCCAAAGUCGCCCGCUCUUUCUCUCGCGAAAUACCGUUGGGCCUACACCGCCGGCCAAGAAUUUAGCACUGGCAAUUGCAAACUUCAUACACUCCUCCAUACACACACACACACAGGCCGCCAUAAAUUGUGAUUAACCGCAGCCCAACAAAAAAGCGCCAGCAAGACGAAGAUUUUUAAUUAAAUUAAGAGUGGAAAUUACCAGCCAGAGGGCGAAACGUAAACAAUCAGCGCUGGGAAAUAAAAUAUUUAAAUAUUUGCACUCGGAAAAUUGUGCGGCAUUUUAAAUUAGGACUCCACGACGCAACCGUGCGCAUAUUAAAGUGACAUAUCCUAUGUGUGUCCUGUGAGGCCCCAGUGAUCCAAAACCCCGAAAAAAUAAGUAUAACUCGUAGAUUGGGUGUGUGUGUCAAGCCAAAACAGCCAUAAAUAAAGCCAGGCAAACAAAUAAACAAACGAACAAUCGGGUCAAAGUGCUUAGUCAGGCUAAAGGACACAAAACCGAAAAACCCCCAGUUUUUUGAAGGCCACAUGCCCUUGUCGUCGGCAUUGUCGCAUCGAAAGCAAUUAAAACAGACGUCGGCCAAAACAAAUAGCCAUCAGCUAUAAAUUAACAAACGCCCCAGGAAAAUGCAUUGCAGCAAAACAAGCAAUUAAAGCAGUGCAGCCCCGCAACCACGAAACGAACCUGUAGCAAUAUCCUGCUAUCCUGCUAUCCUGCCGCCUGCUGUGCUAAAAACCUAUUUUAAAUAAUUAAAAUUCCGUAAGUGCUGCAGUCGAAGACGUCGGCAGAGGCGAAGUGGUUGUGCAAGUGGAAGAAAUCGCAGGACAACGCCAAGUAGGGGUCUCCCAUUGCUUGCAACACAAUCUGCGGCCUGCAAAUUCGUGUGCAGCAAUGAAAUAAUUAAUUCAAUGCACCUGACUAAGUCGCCGGGCAGCAUAAGCAGCAGCAGUAGAAUUGCUUACAAAUUCGAGUCCCUUAGCAACAUCAACUGCAACAAGAACAGCAACAGCAACUCCGGCAAAAUGGCCGCUGAAGCGAGGACAAUUAGCCAGCCAGGACAUACCCACGAUCGGCGGAUGCGGAGCCUGCCCCACUUCCUGCUCCUGGCCAUCGCAGUGGUGUCAUUGCACCUCGAGAGCGUGUCCGCCCAGAGCAUGAUGACCAAGAACGAGCCCAUGUUCAUAUCACGUUCGGAGACAUUCAAAUUUAUCACCGGCGAGACAAUAGUGCUGCCCUGCGAGGUGGCCAACACGGACACGUACGUUGUGGCCUGGAAGCGUGGGAUUGCCAUAUUAACCGCCGGCUCCGUGAAAGUGACGCCCGAUCCCCGAGUGCGUUUGGUCAACGGAUUCAAUCUGCAGAUACGCGACGCCCUGCCCACGGAUGCCGGUGAUUAUAUCUGCCAGAUUGCCACUAUGGAUCCGCGCGAAAUCACCCACACGGUCGAGAUACUCGUGCCGCCGAGGAUUCAUCACAUUAGCACCGGCGGACAUUUGCAAGUCAAGAAGGGCUCGUCGGUGCGCAUCGAGUGCUCGGCCACGGGUAAUCCAAUGCCGAAUGUGACCUGGAGCCGCAAGAAUAACAUUUUGCCCAACGGCGAGGAGAAGCUCCACUCACACGUCCUCUCCAUCGAGAAUGUGGACCGGCACAAGGGCGGCGUCUACAUAUGCACUGCCAACAAUCGCGUGGGCCAGCCCGCUUCCAGCCAGGUCGUGCUCCAUGUCCUGUUUUCGCCGGAAAUCUCCGUGGAACGUCCCGUGGUCUUCUCGGGCGAAGGGCACGAGGCCACGCUGGUCUGCAUCGUCCACGGCGAAACACAGCCUGAGGUAAUUUGGUUCAAAGACACCAUGCAAUUGGAUACCACCGAGCGGCACAUCAUGGAGACGCGGGGCUCGCGGCACACCCUGAUUAUACGCAAAGUGCAUCCCCAGGACUUUGGCAACUACUCCUGUGUGGCCGAGAAUCAGCUGGGAAAGGCACGCAAGACCCUGCAGUUGAGCGGAAAACCGAACGUAGCCGUUUUUAAUUCACCGCCAAUCAGUCAGUACAAGGACAGAUACAACAUCUCCUGGGCCGUCGACUCGCACUCGCCCAUCGAGGAGUACAAGCUGUCCUUCCGCAAGUUGCCGCAAGGACACGAGGUCGUUGGCAAUGCCAUCGACUCGCCCUCCUCCUCCAACUCGAUGCUGAUGUCCUCCUCCUCCUCCUCCUCGUCCCAGAUGUACGGCACGGGCUCCGGGCUACACGGCCAUCGGAUUGGCAGCAACAUGGGCGGACUGUCCGGAUUGUCUGGCAGUGGCAGCUACUCCGGCUACGGCAACGUGAUGCACUGGGGCCACAACGAUUGGCGCAACGUCGUCCUGCCGGCCGUUCCCGUUUCGCACCACUACGCGCAGGGCAUGAGCUACAUGGUGCGCGGCCUGGAUCCCGACCAGCACUACGAGGCCACCGUGCAGUCCAGGAAUCGGUACGGAUGGAGCGAUUUGACCAACAGUUUUGUCUUCUCCACAUCAUCGAAUGAUGGACCUGUCGAUCUGUCAACCUUUUUGAAUCACGGUCUGUCAGAUAACGAGAUGAGGGACCUGAGCGUCACCUUCUACGGCAGCAGCGCCAUCAACCGACAGAAACUGGGCCUUUUGGCCCUGAGUUCCGCCACACUGGCUCUGAGCCUCUUGGUGGCCUAAUUGCUUUCGAUUUCGACCUGAGUUACGUUACGAAUUUCACCGCCAAUAGCAAUUUGAUCUGGAACAGGAGAAGGGAUACAGGAGAUUGGUUACCGAGGCCACAGAGGUCCUGCACAACACUCUAUAAUCCUAAGAGAUGAUCCACAUAGGCAUAAGCGAGUACGAGUAUUUACCACUACGAUUUCUCAUUGUUCGAUUCGAAUUUCUCAAGCAAAGUUUAGUGAAUUAAUCAAGAAAAGGAAAUGAAAAUGAAAAACGGAACCAUACAUUAUACAUGUAACAAUCAAUGUAAAAGAGCAUGCAACUGUUCAAACUAGGACCCAUAAAAGAACAUACAUUAAACAAACACUUUCACCUUCGCCGACCAUUCCAGCACUCGAAAAAAACCAGUGUACAUAGAUUUUAUUGCAUACUCCUAGGUAUAAACUGCACCAAAGAAUAGAGUCACUCGACGAGCGAAGAAAGGUAAAUUUACAUAUAACUAGUACGUAUGGAGGUGUUAAUGGUGACCACGGCCAUCAAUGAUCCAGGGCUUAGUCACCCAGAGUAAUUUGUAGCAUUAUGCGGAUAGUUAAUUUAAUUAAUACAUAAAUGCAUAAACUAAUUAUCGGAUACGCCACUGCCGCCAAUGCACUUCAUACCAUGCGAUUUAGUCAAAUUUCCCGAUUAAACGGCAGAGUCUAACUAAUUUGCAGCAUUCGAGACGCAUUUCAAUGGCUUACUGUGGACAGCGUUUUCUAGCUUUUUGCAAUUUGUAUGUAUGUAGCAGCUAAGUAGCUUAAUUGACCGCAUAAAUGCAAUUAAAUUAGUCAGCAGACCUAUUGAUUUGGUAUGUAAAUUAAUCCACACACGAAAAAGGGGCAGCAUAUAGAUGCUUCCAUAUGGCUAUUGGAUUACAAUUAGAGUGUAAGUGUAAAUAAACACGAUUGAUAUGUGUAAGGCGGAAUCGCAACAGUAAUGUAGCAAGUAAACAAAUAGUAAUCCAUAUUUGCCGGGUUCAAUCUCGUGGCCAAGGUUGUUUUAUGUAAAUAUAUUGCACCACACAGUCAUUCGAAAUCUCAUGAUAUAUGUACUUACAGUUCGAUACUCGUAUUGUUGCUUCACAAUGCACCCCGUAUUAUCCUUUUUGGCAAUCCAAAGAUAUCGAAGGCCUGGCAGAGAACGCACCUUAGAUGCAGUCGUCAUAACACAUAUGAGCUAGACGAUAAGUGAAUAUUGUAAUGAGAUUAACGAAAACGACGCCUACAUAUAAAUAAAUGUAUAGGAAAAUAAAAAAUAACUUUACUUGAUUUCCAAAUAAACUCAGCCAUAUACAAGAUACGCAUUCAGCUUUUCUAGAAUUAACAAUAAAUGUGGUUAAAAAACCGAAACAAAAGGAAAAGGAUAAAUCUAGCAUAGUACUAUAUGUGUAAUUAAUACUGCUGUCAAACGAUUGGCCACACAAAGCGAUAAGUGAAUCACAGUAAAUGUAUAAUUUGUGUUAAUGUGAAUGUAAAUGGAUGUGCAACAAGCGAUACAAUUAAUGUAACAAAAGCAGCAGCAGCAGCAGCAGCAGAUAAUAUUUAAAUCCCCAAAAAUUCAACCAACCAACCAAAAUUCCCCCUACGAUUCCCACUUAAAGUUGCUUUGGUCCGGCGACUGGAGCCCAUCGAUAAGUUAGCUAAAUGAUAUGAUGAUAAUGACGUCGGUACUCAGUAUAUAUACACCUGAAUAUAGCGAUUGAGCCGUUACUUGGAUGUGUAAUUUACAGCUUAGUUAUAGUUAUCUCAUUUUGUUAAAUGCAACAAAUACCAAAUCUACUUUAAAGUAAUAACAAUACUAACCUACACCAGAACAUUUUCGGUAUUGAAUGUAUAUGUGACUAGAAACCGUAUGUGUAUGUAUAUUUGAUUAUUUUGUAAAAUUUUUCAAAAACUAUAAAUAAAGUCUAUAUUACCAUAUAAAUGUAAA